AUGGGUUUUAGGCUGAAUCUUAAAUGGGGGUUUUCAGUUCAAUCACCUUCCUUCACCAACUCAUCUCCUUGGCCUUCCUCAUAUUCCUGCUGGGGGCCGUUCUGUGACUCUGCAAGGGCAUCUUUCCCACCUGUUAUUUCUGGAGAUAGUGAGACUUUGUACAAUGAUCCUCUGCAAGCACAUGCUUGUUCAUCCGCUUCACAAACCUUGAGCAAUGAUUACUCAGAAAUGGAAGAAAUAAAGAUGAAUGUUGGCAAGAGGUCCCGCCGUUGCUUAUAUAACAUGGUUGAAAGUAAUAUCCAGGCACCCAAUGGAGAGGAUAAAUUGGUAUUGAUAACAAACUUACAAACAAGCAAAGCAUCACAUUUCAGUUUAUUGAUGGAAAAUCUUGUCAUGUUGGAGGAGACAUUUGCUGAUUCAGACGUGGUAAGGUUGGAAAGAGAUAUUCUGGUGCAAUUAGAAAGGCUUGGAGCUCUGAAAUUAUUCCAUACAUGUCUCUCCAAGGCACUUAAUUACCCCACUCUAUUUGACUUGUCUGAUGUGCCACCUGUGCUUAGUGAAGAACAUCGGAUGAAUAACGCUUUGGAUAAACACAUGACUGAGAUUGUUGUUCGCUCUGGUAAGAAGGGGAAAAGAAAAUUAAGAAGAGAGAGAACAUCAAAAAAGGCAAAAAAUGUAUGUGCAUUACCAUUGCCCUCAAAAUACAAUCGUAAAGACCCCCAACAGUUUAACUUUUCUUCAGUAAGAAGAUCAGCAAACUCCAGAAAUAGAAGACUUAGAGUUGCUAAGAAUGUGGCAGAAAUGUCGAGAGGGGUUAAGUUGGUUGCAAACUUGGAAAGAAUCAGAGAAAUAGUGGAAGAGGAAACAGGGCAAAUAGCUAGCUUGAGUAACUGGGCAGAAGCUGCUGGAGUUGACAAGAAGGUAUUGCAGGAGCAUUUGCAUUUUGGUUGGGAUUGCAGGGAUGAGCUUUUAAGAAGUACAAGAUCCUUAGUUAUAUACCUUGCAAGAAACUACAGGGGACUGGGAGUGGCCUUUGAAGAUAUAAUUCAGGUUGGUUGA